UCUGGCCACGUGUGUAUGUUUGAGAAGUGUGAGGACUAUGGUGACUUUCUUGCGCCCAAUGUGUGUGUGUGUGUGUGUAUAUAUAUUAGUUUGGUUGUUCUUGCUCAAUGUGAAAGAUUCCAUGCAGGUGACGUGAACAGUAUUAGUAUUGGAGCAGGAAGCAAUAUCCAGGACAAUUCUCUUGUUCAUGUAGCCAAAUCAAAUCUAAGUGGAAAGGUUUUGCCAACAAUUAUUGGCAACAAUGUUACUGUAGGUCAUAGUGCUGUUUUACAUGGAUGUACUGUUGAAGAUGAGGCAUUUGUUGGUAUGGGUGCAACUCUGCUUGAUGGAGCUGUUGUGGAGAAAAAUGCAAUGGUUGCUGCUGGUGCCCUUGUCAGGCAGAAUACAAGGAUUCCUUGUGGAGAGGUCUGGGGAGGAAAUCCAGCUAGAUUUCUGAGGAAGCUCACACAAGAAGAAAUUGCUUUUAUCUCGGAGUCAGCAGCCAACUAUUCUAAUUUAGCACAGGUUCAUGCUGGUGAAAAUGCAAAAAGCUUUGAUGCGAUUGAAUUUGAGAAGGCGUUGCGGAAGAAAUUUGCUCGAAAAGACAAGGAGUAUGAUUCUAUGCUGGGUGUUGUCCGUGAAACACCUCCUGAGCUUGUCCUGCCUGAUAAUAUCCAGGCACCAAAGGCCAUUUAAGUGUGGAUCCAAGUUGAUUAUCCUUUGGGUUUUGUGGUGUUAGCCAAUUUCUUUUUUCAUUGGGCUGAUCAAACAAGAAAAUACCUACGUUACAUUCUCAAUAAUUAAGGUCAGGCUUCAUUUCCUGUGCUGAUCCUGUUUUCCAAUCAGAAGCUUUGAUUGUGGAUCAAGUACCAAUUGUACUGUAGACAAGAUGGUUGUUUUUUUUUAAUAAUCAAUUUUUUAUUUCCUUUUC